AUGACCGGCCGCGCCGCGCACACGGUGACCACGACGGCAUGGCUUGUGGCCUGCGUCGCCUUUAUGGCGCCAAUAGCGCCGCCGGACGCGCACGCCGCGGCCCCUGGCGGUGGUAUGUUCGGUGACGUAAACAUAUCGGCGAUUCUCGAUUCGUUCAGCUUGAGCUAUGACAAAAGAGUAAGACCAAACUACGGAGGUACGCCAAUUGAAGUCGGUGUCACCAUGUACGUGUUGAGCAUCAGCUCUUUGUCAGAAGUCAAAAUGGACUUCACGUUAGAUUUCUACUUCAGACAGUUCUGGACCGAUCCCCGACUGGCGUUCACCAAGCGGCCGGGCGUCGAGACGCUGUCCGUGGGAUCGGAGUUCAUCAAGAACAUCUGGGUACCCGACACGUUCUUCGUCAAUGAGAAACAGUCGUACUUCCACAUAGCAACCACCAGCAACGAGUUCAUCCGGAUACACCAUUCGGGGAGCAUAACGCGGAGCAUUCGCUUGACGAUCACCGCGUCGUGUCCCAUGAACCUGCAGUACUUCCCGAUGGACCGACAGCUGUGUCACAUCGAAAUCGAGAGCUUUGGUUAUACGAUGAGAGACAUCCGGUAUAAGUGGAAUGAGGGGCCAAACUCGGUGGGCGUGUCCAACGAAGUGUCCCUGCCUCAGUUUAAAGUGCUGGGACAUCGGCAGAGAGCUAUGGAAAUUAGCCUGACAACAGGUAACUAUUCGAGACUGGCUUGCGAGAUCCAAUUCGUGCGGUCCAUGGGCUACUAUCUAAUCCAAAUCUACAUACCCAGUGGACUGAUCGUCAUCAUAUCCUGGGUGAGCUUUUGGCUGAACCGGAAUGCCACGCCGGCCAGAGUGGCGUUGGGUGUCACCACCGUGCUGACCAUGACCACGCUCAUGUCGUCCACCAACGCAGCGCUGCCGAAGAUAUCAUACGUGAAAUCCAUCGACGUGUACCUGGGCACGUGUUUCGUCAUGGUGUUCGCCUCACUAUUGGAGUACGCCACCGUCGGGUACAUGGCAAAGAGGAUACAGAUGAGGAAAAAUCGUUUCCUGGCCAUUCAGAAGAUCGCCGAACAGAAGAAGGGCGGCCACGACACACUCGGUCACGGGCACUCGCAUCAACAGCAGCGCUCCGGUCACGGAAACAUGUCCGGCCACAAUACCCUGUCCGGUCACAAUACUCUUUCCGGUCACAAUACGCUUUCCGGCCACAAUACCCUUUCCGGCCACAAUACGCUGUCUCACGGCUUGUCGGGCCACGGUUUGCCACCAUCCCACGGGACAAUGGCCGGCCACGGUGGAUACGAUAGCCACCGGCACAGUCACAGUGGCCACGGUGGUCACGGCGGCACCUUGCCGAGCCAAAUCCUUUCUGGAGACAUGGACCACGCGCACAGACAAACGGUGCGAUUCAAGGCCCACGAUCCAAAGAACUACCUCAAAGGCGGAUCUUUGGAGAACACCAUCAACGGCCGUGGGGACGACGAUUGCAACGUCACCCCGUUACCGCCGCAGCACGUCAUGCACCCGAACAAGGACAUAAACAAGCUGUACGGCAUAACGCCCAGUGACAUCGACAAGUACUCGAGGAUAGUGUUCCCGGUGUGCUUCGUUUGCUUCAACCUCAUGUACUGGAUCAUCUACUUGCACAUCAGCGACGUGGUGGCCGAUGACCUAGUGCUGCUCCAGGCGGACAAGUAG